AUGUCUUCUCUCACUACAAACCCAUCCACAGCCACUCUCAACCGAGUAUUUGUAGAGAAGAAGCCUUCUUCGAUUCCAAAUCAGUUAUUUUCUUCUUCGCCGUCAUCAUACAAAAAUCAUCAACGGCAGUCAUCGUUUCAAAGACAUCACCCUCAUCAUAAUUCAUUGGAACACACCACACUAUCUUCACCAACAAAAUCAACCUCAAGCAAAGUGGAAAUGAACGCAAGUUUUCGUUCCUUGUCGCCACAACAUAAACUUUUUUCCGUGCUCAACGAGCUCGAUACAGAGAGAGAGAAUGAGCUUAGAGAGAUGAUUGACAUGAUUGAAGAUCCAGCUAUUGACGAGUUUCCGAGCAUUCAAGAGCCAAAAACUUCGUCGGGGAUGGGCAAUGCUUUACCAUCCUCUGGAAAUUCUAAAAGUGGUUUUUCAGAGGAAUUUGUUGCAUCACGACCAUCUCCAAUCAGUAAAGUCGAUAUACGUGAUGAAAAAGAAGGUCAUGACUCGGAGUUACCCUCCGAAAAUAUUGUGCCUGAGCAUGCCCUUCCAAUUUGCCCUUCUGUAGAUAAUGAAAGAUUAAUGCAAUAUUUGUCAUCUCUUAAAAUUGACUACGAAGAAUCCGUUCGAGUAAGAAACUCAUUACUUGAGAAGCAGGAAGAAUACACAUCAACCAUACGAGAUUUGAAUAAUCAACUGAUUAAUUACAAAGAAAGAGUGAGAAAAUACGAAGAAUUUUUUGCUCUCUCUAGAUCGAAUACAUCAUUAGAACAGUUGAGAGGAGAAUUGCUGCAACAAAAAUCUCAAGAAUUAGAAAUGAGUAGAAACGAAUUAAGGAGUAUGCACGACCAGUAUAAUGCAUUGACAAAGGAACAUGAAGAUCUCAAAUCUCAGAAAAAUAUCAAAAUCAAAUCUUUGACAAAUGAGGUACAAAGACUGUCACAGCUAUUAUCUCAAUCAGAAACACUGCUGUCUUCGAGAAAUAACACUAUCAGAAAUCUUGAAGAAAAACUCUCAGCUAUGAAGUCAAAAUAUUUAAUUAAUCAAAAUAAGAUUGACGAAUUUGAUGGAUUUACCUCAAAAUCUCAAGAAAAAGUUAAUUCUCUGGAACGAAUGAUAGAACAGCUAAAAAGAGAAAAAGUAGAGCUCGAAAAAAGAGCCAAAGGAGCUGUUGAGGAUUUAAAUAUUGUUAAGAAAGAAAAAUCUCAGAUCGAGAAAAACUUCUUUGAACUCAAAGCUUCACUCGAAGACUACCAAGAGAGACUAAAGCGAGUCGAAGAUGCAUCUCAGAGCAAAGUUGUUAUUGAAGACUAUUCUAGAUCUGUUUCUGAAUCCUUCCAAUUUAAGUUACAAAAAUUAAGAAAACAGCAUGAAGAGGAAAUGUCAAGAACCUGUGCCGAGUAUGAAGAAACGAUCCAAAAUCUUAGAGCCCUUCUUCAAGAAAAGUCACAUGAAAAAAAGAUUACAUUUGACAUGGGAGCCCAAGCGAUGACUAUAACAGUUGACAACUCUUCUCAAACAUCUGAUUUUCCUCUGAAUGACACUCAAAAGAAAGAGCUUCAAAAGCUUGUCGAAGAAGUCAAAAGAUUAUGUUCAAAAUGCUCCAAGUUGGAAUUGGAAAACUCUGACCUAGUCCACACCCUUGAAAAAGAAAAACACGAGUUUGAAAUGGAAAAACAGAGAAUACUUGCUGAAAAAUAUUUAGAGAUUGAAACUUUAAGCACUAAUAUUGGAAUGAUUGAAGGAAAUCAUGAAAACACAAUCAGCUCUCUUAAAAAUCAAGUUUCAUCCUUAGAACAGAAAAAUGCUGAGUUAAUGGUUUUCACGAACCAACUUAAAGAGCAAUUGGAAAGAAAGGAAAAAGAAAUUGAAGAGAUGAUCAACGACAAAAACAAAGCUCUUCUUAAUCUUCGACAACAAAUGUCAAAGGAUAAAGAGAUCGCAAUACGAAGUGAAUGUGAAAGAAUUUACAAGGACAAAAACAAGCAAAUUGAUGAAAUGAGAGAAAGAAUAACACAAUUAGAAGAAAAAUCUCUCAAGGAAGACAUUCAGUGUAAGAAGUUAGAACAACUGAAUCAAUCAUUUAAAAACAGAAUUGAGGAACUCAAGAACGACAUUAUUGAGCUUCAGCAUGCGAAGGACGUGAGUGAAAAAAAGGCAAAUGAUUACGAUCGAAUUUACAAACAUUGCAUCAAGUACAAGAAAAAUUUAGAUCGACUAAAGAAGGAAUUCGCAUUACUGGUUCCGAAGUGUGAACGUCUGGAAGAGAGUGUAAAAUUUUUAAGGAAUGAGAACACUGAAUUGAGAAGAAGACAAUCUUCAAUCGAUUGA